CUCUUUUCAAAUUAUCUGAUGUCGACAUUAGUGGUGGUUUGCACAGCGUGAUCACAUCUCAGAAAUAAGUUAACCCAAGGACAGAGAAAUCACCGCUUUUCUAUCGCUAGUAAACAAGCUAGCUGGUAAGCGAAAGCGUAGCCAUUCAAAAAAGGUUCACGACACCUGAACUUGUUGGACUGCUACUCUCCUUGACCUGCCCGGCUCCUCUGCUCUAUGGCCUUCAGCCUCAGCUCCGGUCAGCAGCAACAGCAGCGUGAGUAGGCACCGUGCCCCCCCUUCAGCCCCCGUCUGCUGGGAGAAGCGCAGUGCCAACCCUGCAACCAUGUCCAGCAUCACCAUCGACCCGGAGCUUAAGCCGGGAGAGUUCGUCAUCAAGAGCCUCUUCGCCGAGUUCGCCGUGCUCGCCGAGAAGAAGAUAGAGGUCGUGAUGGCCGAACCUCUGGAGAAGCCCUUGUCCCGAUCUCUCCAGAGAGGGGAAGAUGCACAGUUUGAUCAGUUAAUAAGCUCUAUGAGCUCCAUAGCGGAACACUGUUUGCCCUCGUUGCUGCGCACGCUGUUUGAUUGGUACCGCCGACAGAGUGGAACAGAGGACGAGUCUUAUGAAUACAGACCUCGAUCCAGUACCAAGUCUAAAGGGGAUGAACAGCACCGGGAUAAAGACUACCUACUAGAGCGGAGAGACUUAGCCAUAGACUUCAUUUUUUGUUUAGUGUCAGUGGAAGUUUUAAAGCAGAUUCCUCUUCAUCCUGUGCCAGACGCUUUAGUACACGAAGUCCUUAACCUGGCAUUUAAGCACUUUAAACACAGAGAGGGGUAUUCGGGCCCCAACACCGGCAAUGUUCACAUCAUUGCCGAUCUGUAUGCUGAGGUCAUCGGGGUCCUCACGCAGUCUAAGUUCCAGGCAGUGAGGAAGAAGUUUAUCACUGAGCUAAAGGAGCUGCGACAGAAGGAGCAGAGUCCUCACGUGGUGCAGAGCAUCAUCAGUCUCAUCAUGGGCAUGAAGUUCUUCAGGGUUAAAAUGUACCCGGUGGAGGACUUUGAGGCCUCCUUUCAGUUCAUGCAGGAGUGUGCCCAGUAUUUUUUGGAGGUGAAGGAUAAAGACAUAAAGCAUGCCCUGGCUGGCCUGUUUGUGGAGAUCCUCAUCCCUGUAGCAGCUGCGGUUAAGAAUGAAGUGAAUGUGCCCUGUCUGAAGAACUUUGUGGAGAUGCUCUAUCAGACGACCUUUGACCUGAGCUCCAGAAAGAAGCACUCAUUGGCUCUGUACCCUCUGGUGACGUGUCUGCUGUGUGUCAGUCAAAAGCAGUUCUUCCUCAAUAACUGGCACAUCUUCCUCCAAAACUGCCUCUCUCACCUCAAGAUGCCAUCAAACAACAGUAUCCGUAAGCAGAUAGAGACGCUACAGAACAAAGAUCCCAAAAUGUCUCGCGUAGCCUUGGAGUCCCUCUACAGGCUACUGUGGGUCUAUAUCAUCAGAAUUAAGUGUGAGAGCAACACUACCACACAGAGUCGGCUCCUCAGUAUCGUCUCGGCACUUUUCCCUAAGGGCUCCCGCAGUGUCGUGCCCAGAGACACACCUCUGAACAUCUUUGUCAGGAUCAUCCAGUUUAUCGCUCAGGAAAGGCUGGACUUUGCUAUGAAAGAGAUCAUCUAUGACCUGCUGUGCGUAGGCAAAUCUCACAAGACCUUCACCAUCAACCCGGAGAGAAUGAAUAUCGGUUUGCGGGCGUUUUUGGUGAUAGCAGACAGUCUCCAGCAGAAAGACGGGGAGCCUCCCAUGCCAACGACAGGAGUGAUUCUGCCGUCGGGUAACACGCUGCGCGUCAAAAAGAUCUUCCUCAACACCACCCUCACCGACGAGGAGGCCAAAGUCAUCGGUAUGUCGCUGUACUACCCUCAGGUACGGAAAGCUCUAGAUAACAUCCUCAGACACUUGGACAAAGAGGUGGGAAGAUCCAUGAGCAUGACUAAUGUACAAAUGUCCAACAAAGAGCCUGAAGACAUGAUCACUGGGGAGAGAAAGCCGAAGAUUGAUUUAUUCCGGACGUGUGUGGCGGCGAUUCCCAGACUGAUCCCAGACGGCAUGAGCAGACAGGACCUUAUCGAGCUCUUGGCCAAGCUAACCAUCCACAUGGAUGAGGAGCUGCGUGGCCUGGCUUUCACCACUCUGCAGGCUCUUAUGGUGGACUUCCCUGACUGGAGGGAGGACGUGCUGUCCGGCUUUGCCUACUUCAUCGUGCGUGAGGUCACCGAUGUGCACCCCACGCUGCUGGACAAUGCUGUUAAGAUGCUGCUGCAGCUCAUCAUUCAGUGGAGACAGGCCGCCCAAACCAGCAACCGCAGCCACGACACACAGGGUUUGAAUCCCAGUCCCUCCCUGCCUCUGGAACGUUCUCCUCUGUGGACGGUGCUGCAUAUCGUAGAGGGUCUGGCCCUGGUGGUUCUGUGUAGCUGUCGACCAGCCACACGCAGACUGGCUGUCAACGUCCUCAAGGAGGUCCGAGCGUUGCACACCGCCCUCGGCAUCGCCAAGGGUGAUGAGGAGUUGGCCAUAGAUGUGAUGGACAGGUUAAGCGCCUCAGUGUUAGAAAGCUUCAUCCACCUCACAGGGGCGGACCAGACAAACCUGCUGUACUGUCCCAGCGGCAUCGACCUGCAGACUCUAGCAGAGUGGAGCUCCUCUCCCAUCAGUCACCAGUUUGACGUUGUGAGUCCGUCACACAUCUGGGUGUUCGCCCACGUUACACAGGGUCAGGACCCCUGGGUCAUCAGCCUGUCCAGUUACCUGCGACAGGAACACCUGCCCAAACACUGCCCCACAGCGUUGAGCUACGCCUGGGUCUUCGCCUACACGCGCCUACAGCUCCUCUCCCCGCAAGUCGACAUCAAUAGUCCCAUAAAUGCCAAGAAGGUGAACAGUCUGAGCGGCAGCAGUGACUCAUACGUGGGACUCUGGAGGAACUACUUAAUCCUCUGCUGUAGCUCCGCUACCUCAUCUUCAUCAUCACAGUCAUCCUCAGCUCCAGGCUCAGUCCGCUGCUCCCCACCAGAGACGCUGGCGUCCACGCCGGACAGCGGUUACAGCUAUGAUUCCAAGAUCAUUGGCAUUCCGUCCCCCUCCUCCCUGUUUAAGCAUGUGGUUCCUAUGAUGCGCUCUGAGAGCAUGGACAUCACUGAGUCACUCGUACUGGGGCUUGGCCGGACCAACCCCGUCGCCUUCAGGGAGCUGCUGGAGGAGCUGAACCCCAUCAUUAAAGAGGCUCUGGAGAGAAGGCCAGAGAAUAUGAAGCGACGCCGGCGUCGAGAUAUCCUCAGAGUCCAGCUGGUCCGGAUCUUUGAGCUGCUGGCCGAUGCAGGGGUCAUUAGUCAGACGGGGAGUGGAGGUUUAGAUGGGGAGACACACUCACUGAACGGCACACUGUUAGAGUAUGUAGAUCUGACACGGCAGCUUCUGGAAGCAGAAAACGACAAAGAUUCAGACACGCUGAGAGACAUCCGAAGCCACUUCAGUGCCCUGGUGGCCAACAUCAUACAGAACGUCCCAGUACACCAGAGGAGGUCUGUGUUCCCUCAGCAGUCUCUGCGCCACAGUCUCUUCAUGCUCUUCAGUCACUGGGCGGGGCCUUUCAGCAUCAUGUUCACCCCGCUGGACCGCUACAGCGACCGCAACAUGCAGAUCAACCGACACCAGUACUGUGCUCUCAAGGCCAUGUCUGCAGUUCUGUGUUGCGGACCUGUGGCUGAUAAUGUGGGUCUCUCGUCAGACGGCUAUCUCUACAAAUGGCUGGACAACAUCCUCGACUCCCAGGACCGCAAGGUCCAUCAGUUGGGCUGUGAAGCUGUGAUGCUGCUGUUGGAGCUGAACCCAGAUCAGAGUAACCUGAUGUUCUGGGCUGUGGAUCGUUGCUACACAGGGUCACGCAGGGUAGCGGCCGGCUGCUUCAGAGCCAUCGCCAACGUCUUUCACAACAGGGAUUACCAGUUUGACACUGUAGUUUUGCUGAAUCUGAUACUGUUCAAAGCAGCAGACUCCUCAAGAGAUAUCUAUGAGGUGGCAAUGCAGCUCCUUCAGAUAUUGGAGCCAAAGCUGUUCCGUUACGCACAUAAGCUGGAGAUUCAGAGGACUGAUGGCAUUUUGACUCCACCCUCUCCUCUGCCACAUCUCUACUCCGUCUCCUACUACCAGCUUAGUGAAGAGCUGGCACGCACAUACCCAGAACUCACACUGCCCAUCUUUUCAGAGGUGAGUCAGAGGAUUCAGACAGCGCACCCCGGUGGUCGGCAGGUGAUGCUGCACUACCUGCUGCCCUGGAUGAACAACGUAGAGCUGGUGGACUUCAAACCGUCAGCCCGGCGACAGGAUGAGCAUUCCACGGCGGAGGAUGAAGAGGAUGCUCGUGAACGAGAGAUGAUGAUGGUUAAUAGUCGGCGAUGGCUGAGAGGAGAGGGCUGGGGCUCGCCGCAGGCUACCACUAUGGUGCUCAACAACCUCAUGUUCAUGACUGCAAAGUAUGGAGAUGAGUUUGCCUGGUCGGAGAUUGAGAAUGUGUGGACCACUCUAGCGGACAGCUGGCCCAAAAACCUCAAGAUUAUCCUUCACUUCCUCAUCAGCAUGUCUGGGGUCAACAGCGAACCAAGUCUCCUGCCUUAUGUGAAGCGUGUGGUCGUGUAUCUAGGCAGAGAUAAGACCAUGCAGCUGUUGGAGGAACUGAUGUAUGAGUUAGAGCUGACCGAUCCAGUGAGCUCAGCUGUCACUCACAUGGACAACCCACCCUACUAUCGCAUCACAUCCUCUUACAAGAUCCCCUCCGUCACCUCAGGGACUACAUCCAGCAGCAACACAAUGGUGCCAGGAACCGACGGACACCAUGACAGCAAAGUCAAAGACCCCAACAUGGAGGACAGUUACACACACCUGGACAUCUACAGCGGACUGAACACUAAUCUGAACAGGCAGCACCAUCGACUGGAGUCCCGUUACAGCAGCAGCUCUGGAGGCUCCUAUGAGGAGGAGAAGAGUGAUUCUAUGCCCGUCUAUGCCAACUGGCGUCUGAAGGUAAUGGACCAUAAUCGGCCAGAGCCUCUGCCAUUCCCUCCCACUGGAGGCUGCUGGUCGCCCUUAGUGGACUAUUUGCCUGAGACCACUACACCGGGAGUGUCUUUACACAGGUGUAACAUCGCUGUAAUCCUGCUGACAGACCUCAUUGUUGACCACGGGGUCAAAGUUGAAUGGAGUGCCUACUUGCAUCUACUACUGCACGCUAUCUUCAUAGGAUUUGACCAUCAGCACCCAGAGGUCUAUGAGCAUUGCAAACGCCUGCUGCUCCACCUACUGGUCGUCCAGGGGAACAACAGCAGCGUCCAAUCCCUGGCUUCAGUUUUGCUUCGGAAUCGAGAGUUUAACGAACCCAAGGUGCUAACGGUGAAACCCAUACCUCAGGAGUUCAACCUCACAGGUGUGUGUGAGUUGGUUCCAGACUACCAGCCGUCUCCUAUGACGGACUCAGGCCUCAGCUCCAGCUCCACGUCCUCUAGCAUCAGCCUCGGAGGUUCAGCGCUGCCCCACCUGCCCCCCACGCUGCUUAACGAGGUUGACCUCUCUGCUGAACAAGACGAGAAGGUCAAAGGGCUCAUAGAGUUCAUUAGUUCCAGGAAGCGGGGACCUCUUUGGAACCAUGAAGAUGUGUCCCCUAAAAACCCCAACAUAAAGAGUGCUGAUCAGCUCAGUGUAUUCCUCAGGCAUGUGGUCAACGUCUUUAAACAGACCCAAUCAGGCUUUCAGCUGGAGCAACUUCUGAGUGAUGUGGCUUUGCAGACAGCUCUGUCAUGCUCCUCUCGGCACUACGCCGGACGAUCUUUCCAGAUUUUCCGAGCGUUGAAGCAGCCGCUCACUGCAUCCACGCUGUCUGACGUACUCUCACGCCUGGUGGAGACAGUUGGAGAUCCAGGGGAGGAAGCCCAGGGCUUUGUUAUUGAGUUGCUGCUGACUUUGGAAGCAGGCAUAGACACACUGGCGGAAACUAUGAAGAACUAUGACCUGCUCACAGCUAUUUCACAAGCCUCGUCGCCAGAUCCUCUAAUAGGCACUAAGUUUGCCAAUAACAGAAAGAGCACCGGGCAACUGAACCUGAGCAGUGGCGGUCUUUUCCACGCGCAGUACAGCCACGCCCGUAGCAACUCUCUCCGCGCUAGCCUCAUGGGCGAACGCAAAGGUGACCGCCGUCGCAGCAACACGCUGGACGUGGCCGACCGGCUCGGCGGCAGCCACGGCAACCUGGCGCGGACGCGGAGCUUAUCGUCGUUACGAGAAGGCGGAGGAGUAGGCGGAGGAGGGGGAGGUGGCUCAGGGGAAACCGCUCCACCGGCGGACCCCACCAACCUGAUGGCGACGGUGUUCUGGAUCGCAGCGUCGCUGCUGGAGUCCGAUUACGAGUUCGAGUACCUGCUGGCGCUCAGGCUUCUCAACAGGUUGCUGGGACAGCUUCCUCUGGAGCGUGCGGACAGCAGGGAGAGACUGGAGAGGGUGCAGGCCAAACUGAAGUGGUACAGCUUCCCUGGCCUUCUGCAGCUCUUCCUCAAAGGCUUCACCUCUGCUGCCACACAGGAACUCACCAUACACCUGCUGAGUAAACUCAUCAGCGUCUCUCGACACACCCUCGUAGACCCAUCGCAGGUGGCGGGGUUUCCUUUGAACAUCCUGUGUCUCCUGCCCCACCUCAUCCAGCACUUUGACAGCCCCACACAGUUCUGUAAGGAGACGGCUGACCGCAUCGCCAAGGUGUGUGCUGAGGAGAAGUCGGCCACUCUGGCCAACCUGGCCCACAUGAUGAGCCUCUACUCCACACACAGUUACUCACGCGACAGCACCAACUGGAUCAACGUAGUGUGUCGCUACCUGCAUGACGCCUUCUCCGAAAUCACCUUCAACCUGGUCACUUACCUGGCCGAGCUACUGGAGAAAGGCCUUCCCAGCAUGCAGCAGUCUCUGCUACAGAUCAUCUACAGUUUGCUGAGUCACAUUGACCUAUCAGCAGCUCCAGUGAAACAGUUCAAUUUAGAGAUCAUGAAGAUCAUAGGAAAAUAUGUUCAGAGUCCAUACUGGAAAGAGGCCCAGAAUGUUUUGAAGUUGGUGGUGUCUCGUUCAGCCAGUCUGGUGGUUCCUGAUGAAGUCCAGCGCUCAUACAGCACGGACUCAACCAGCUCCCCAGAAAUCGCCUUUACUCGAAUCUUCAACAGCUCCUCCAAAGAACUCCCAGGCAAAACUCUGGAUUUUCACUUUGACAUCUCAGAGACGCCCAUAAUAGGGCAUAAGUAUGGGGACCAGCGUAACGCAGCAGGGCGUAAUGGGAAACCACAGGUCAUCGCAGUGACGAGGAGCACGUCCUCCACCUCAUCAGGCUCCAACUCAAACGGCCUAGUGCCCGUCAGCUGGAAGAGACCCCAGCUCUCUCAGAGGAGAACUAGAGAGAAACUGAUGAACGUUCUGUCUCUGUGUGGCCCUGAGUCUGGCUUGCCCAAGAAUCCUUCCGUUGUUUUCUCCUCUAACGAGGACCUUGACACUGGUGACCAGCAGACCAGUCUAAUUCCCACUGUGGAAGAAGCCCGAGAGGAGGAGGUGCAGGCGGAAGACGCUGGAAGUGAACAACAGUUUGGUGUCUUCAAGGACUUUGACUUUCUGGAUGUGGAGUUGGAGGAUGCAGAGGGGGAGAGCAUGGACAACUUCAACUGGGGCGUGCGACGGCGUUCUUUGGACAGCAUGGAUAAGGGUGACACGCCGUCACUGCAGGAGUGUCAGUACACUGGCAGUACGCCCAGUCUGAACCUAACCAAUCAGGAGGACACAGACGAAUCUUCUGAGGAGGAGGUACUGAGCGCUAGCCAGAUUCUCACCCGCUCCAACCUCCUCAACAGUGACUCAGCAACUGAUGACGCAACUUCCAAUCACAUGGACUCCCUGCAACAGUCACAGGAAUCCUCCAGUAGUGUCUUGACUGAGGAGGCCACACCCACUCCACCAUUGCCCCGUCCAGACAGCCCCACCCAUGAGACCGCCCACUCUGACAGCAAUAGCAGCCAGCCGCCUGAGGAUGCUAGUGUCACCGCUGCAGAUGAGCUGAGCAGCAGUGUUAGUGAGGACACGGGUUUUGGGAGUGCCCCACCUCUCCCCCCAGACCCUCAGGAGCUCUGUGACCUUCCGGACUCCCAAGACCACCAGGACCCUUCUUACGAGUUGGACCCCGCCCCCCCUCCUCCGCCAGCAGUAGACAGUCCGCCGGGGUCUCUGUGUGAGGAGGAGACGGUGUUGCCCCCCCCAGCCACGGACAGCACCCCCUGUUCAGUGUGUGAGGAGGACGUAACGCUGGCACUGAAAGAACUGGACGAACGCUGUGAGGAAGAAGAGGCAGACUUCUCCGGCAUGUCCAGUCAGGAUGAGGGAGAUGCAGACUGUUUUCCCGAACUUCAGGCCUCCCCGCCUCCUUCGCCCUUUCUCUCUGCCAUCCUGGCAGCCUUCCAGCCCAUCACCUACGACGACGAGGAGGACGCCUGGCGGUGCCACGUUAACCAAAUGUUGUCAGACACAGAUGGUUCCUGUGCUGUGUACACUUUCCACGUGUUCUCUCGACUCUUUCAGAGCAUACAGAAAAAGUUUGACUCAAUUACCCAUGCUUCUGUACGGUUCCUCGGAGAGGGGCUCCAGCGAAUGGGAAACCAGUUUCUCAGUUCGUUAGAGGUCAUGACCUCCUGCUCUCAGUGCCCCACUGUCUUACUGGAUGCGGAGACUCUGGUCUCUUGUGGACUACUGGAGACACUGAAGUUCAGUGUGCUAGAGCUACAGGAGCACCUAGACACCUACAACGGCAAGAGAGAGGCCGCAGAGGAGUGGUUGGAUAACUGCAGGAAGACAUUUGGAGAUAAAGACAGCAGUCACCGCCUUAGCACACAGGCUCAGGAACUGGAAUUAUGUCGGCGGUUGUAUAAGUUGCAUUUCCAGCUGCUGCUGUUAUUUCAAGCCUACUGUAAGCUCAUCAGCAGAGUGGACACCAUCAAAAGAGAAGCUGAGGUGACCAACAUGUCAGAGGAGUUGGCCAUUUUGGAAAGCUGUCUUAAAGAGGCGGAGUCAAUCAGUGAUGGACAGGAGGAGGUGGGCGUGUCUGAGGCGGUGCAGUCCAGCACUGAGACGGCGAUUCACUCUUUGAUCGAGAGUCUGAGAGCACGAGACUUCAGUUCUGCUCUCACUCAAGUCAAAGCUUUCAGGUGCCUUUGGCCAAACGACAUUUUUGGCAGCGAGAAGGACGAUGCCGUCCAGACGCUGCUGCACAUCUACUUCCGUCACCAGACGCUGGGCCAGACGGGCUGCCUGGCCGUGGUGGGGCCCAGCCGGGAUCUCUCUCAGGCAAGCGCCCGGCUCAUGGAGCUCAACCUGCAGAUCCGCGAAGCCCUUCACCGGGCCCAGGCGUGCCCUCCCCAAACCCAAACACAGACUCAAACACAGACCCGCAUCCAAACUCAAACUCAGACGCAAAUCGACACCCAGAGCAGUGUCCUCAGCACCGGCCUGUGAGGAACCUCCAGGCCUACACUUCACUGAAACAGGGAUUGGACCCUCUCCUCUCCCCCCAGGCUACCCUCAGAGAAGGCGUGAAGAGGAGUAACCAGGGGGUUUAGAGGACUGCGAACACUUCACCUCAGAGGGCUAAAAGAGGAAGUGUGGAAAUAAUUAUGACACCAAUACAUCAAAUCCUCCAUUUUUUUUUUUUUUUUUUAAAUUUCCUUUUUCCUCUUGCUCGCUAAAAUAAGCCUACUAAGCCAAAAUUCAACUGCAAAGUCAUUGCAACUGAGGACAACAGAUCAACAGUGAAUUAUGUGCAGGAGGGACACUGGGCGAUGAUGAUGCUAAACUGGAAGCUUUUUGGCGGAAUGACCUAUGACCUCUGGGAUGUCCUUAAAAUAACCUGUAGUCUGUCUCAGUUCCAUUCAGUACUGGGGAAGACAAUGGAUUUAGUAUGGUGUGUUACUUUGAGACAAUGUUAGACUGAGAGCAUUGGUAUUGGCAGUUUGUUUUGGUUGAGAGGCGGGACUUCUGUUAUGUUGUACUCAUCAAGCGAAAAAGUAUAAAACGAAAAAUAUAAGAAAAAAAAAAGGAUUCAUAAGCAUGCUUAAACGAGAAAAAGCACUGCAAGAAAUAUUUUUGAGAAAUGUAUUUUUAUUAGAGCUAACAUCUUAGGUUGUAAAAGUUAGGAUAUUUAAGAUGUAAUUGUAACCUGAGGGUCCAACCCUCGGGCUCUGUAUAAAAAGAAAUUUAUCUGUUAACUUUAUUGACCUGCAUCUGGGAGGAACUUUAGCUUUCACUGGCUCGCUCUAACAAAUCUCUCACUCUGUAACCAAAUAAGUAGCUGCCUGUAGAAAUAGACUUCUGUUUAAGCGUGUGGAGGGAUGUGUGUGUGUGUUUGUGUUUGUGUGUGUGUGUGUGGUUUCACAAUUAAAGAUAUUUCUGCACACAUUGUCACACUCACACACACACACACA